AUGUCAGACAACGAAAGUCAUGAAGAAAAAUUUAUUGAAUCUGAGGCACAAGUAUUCGACUUUAAGUUGGGGAAUUCACUUGAACAAAGCCAUUCAAGUAAAAAUUCCUAUUUUCGCUUUGAGUUUGACGAAGAACAUCAUGAUAUAAAUUUUUCAAAACCUGCAAAUAUUAGAGAUAUUAAUGAAAAAACUGUGCAAAUUUCUUUUGGUGGAUCUUUGGAAAACGAAGCAUAUUUAUUGUCUGGACAAAGAUUUGAAGAUAACAAUUAUGAGAUAGAUGAUGAAAAUGCAGAAAGAGAUUAUUUAUUAAUAUUUGAUGAGGCAACAAAAACCUUUACGUUAGAACUCCUGGAUUAUGAGUUUCGAGUAGGUGUUGGUAGUGAUUUUUCGGAAGUUAACAGUAUAGGUCAGAAACUUGAAACUACUAAUUCAGAUAUUGAGCGACAAUUUCAAGAAGUAAUGGAAGAAGGAGAUCAAUCAUAUAUAAAUGGAGAAUAUUUCCCAGAUGAAGAAGAGGAUUAUUUAGAGAAAUUUAAAGAAUCAAUGAAAGUUGAAGGUAAUGGGGAGAAUGGUAAUGGUGAUUUGGAGGAAGUUGAUGCUCCGUUACCACAAGCUCCAUCGCCCGAAGACGAUAUGUAUGGACCGACGGAGGAUUAUGAAGAGGUAACAAAAGAUGAUGUGACAGAAUCAUCAAACAGUAGUUCUUCAGGUGGUACUUCUUCCACAUCUUCCGAUUCAGAUGAUUCCGGUGACGGGUCUGAUUCAAGUGAAUCAGAGCUGGAAUCUGAUCCAGGUGAUCUUGAGACACAAAUGAAACAAUCAAUAAAUAGCAUUAUUAAAUCUCCUCGUACGAAAAAAAAGUCGAUUACAACAGACGGGAAAAAAUCUAAUGGCAUAGCGGGACCUAUUUCUUUAGCCGCAUUAUUGGGAGAUGGCGCCGAAGAACAAGACCAAUAUGACAGCGGCUCGUCUGAUAAUACAGAUUAA